AGUGCGGACGUUUGUUGUGAGAUUUAUUUCCUAUAUUUUCGCCUUCCGUCGUUUAAUUAAUUUUGUGUGAUGUUAACGAUUAGAUAGGAAUAAAUCUUUUUUACUUUACAUUAGAUAGUGCUCAAAUAUUUUUGCCAAGUGUCUAAAUGUAGAAAAAGUAGGAUGUUCCUCGAGCGUAUAAUCCUGCCCGUAUUCUGCCUUGGAAUCAAAGUUUUCCAUUGGACCCUGGCCGAGGAGGUGGACAUCAGGGAGGUGGCGGCAGACAAAGGCACGAACGUGACGAUCCCCUGCGGCGGGCUGCAGGUCCUGCCGGCCUCCAACGUCCAGUGGGUGCACCGAGGCAAUCACACGCACCAAGAAAUAUUGACUGAUGGCAGCUUGUUCAUUCCAAUGAUAGGCCCGGAUGACUCCGGGUUAUACGAGUGUGGGGUGGAGAACGAGACAUCCUUCCUAGACAGAAUGAACGUCACAGUGCGGACCGAGCCUCCUCCCCUGGUGAACGUAACAGUCCACGCAUCCACAAUCCUGGCUCUCAUCCUGUGGAACGUGGCUGGCGACGGAGGGCACCCCAUCAUAGACUUCACGGCUCAGUACCGGUCCGCAGCGCCUGUGAAUGGGUCCCUAGAACCCUGGAGGCCAAUCAGCCCCAACCACAUUAGUCCAAACUCGCGGCAGGUGGACGUGUACCACUUGGACACGAACGCGUCGUACUGGUUCCGCGUGUGGGCCACCAACGCGCUGGGCCCCGGGCCCCCGGUCGAGGUGCUGGCCACCACGCUCUACAGCGACCAGGAGGCUGAACUCUACAAGCACUUCCUGGAAGGCUCUGAGAGCUUCGACACGCGCACGUGGGUAGCGGCCGUGUGCGUGGUCAUGGGAACGCUGCUGGUGCUGGCUGCUGGCACGUGCGCCGUCCUCUGCCGCGAGUGGCGCCGCCCCGGUGAGCCCGCGCCCUAGCACUCGCACCUGCCCCGGCUCUACUUCCUGUGGCACUACUGAGCCGCGGCCGAGCCGGCGCAGUGUGUCUAGCCUGUAGCUCCCGUGUCACACCUGUACCUCCCGUGUCACACCUGUACCUACCUCACCGUCUCUGUGCCGCGAGUGGCGCCGCCCCGGUGAGCCCGCG